AAUGCAGAAGUAGUUUCAACUCCACAAGCACCUAGAGCAGACAUGAGAUUUGAUACACUUGAAGAUGCUCAGAGGCACUACUUGGCAUUUGCAAGGAGGAGAGGAUUUGGAAUCAGAUACAAUUACAGGAAGAAAUCCGAGGUCACUGGAGAAUACAUAAGAGCAGCUAUGGUUUGCCAUAAAGCAGGUCACCAAGCAAAAGAGAAAGAAGAUACGCAGAAACCUAAACCAGUUGUACCAGAAAGGAUGAAGUGCAGCAACAUUAGGACUGACUGUCCAGCUAGGAUGGCGUUGAAAUUCAGAGACGGUGCCUGGCUGGUGACGGAAUUCUGUGAUGAUCACAAUCACCCUCUACUCAAGAAGUGGUCGUUGACUGGUUUCCUACGCUCACACAGAGACAUACCGGAAGAAGACCAAGAGUUCUUAAAAAUACUACACACUGUAAACAUGGAUACAAGCAGAAUGAUGCAAGUUAUGGCUACACUAUAUGAAUCAGUAGAAGGAGUGCCAUACACACCAAAAGACAUGGCAAAUUUCAGAUCCAAACUUCGGGCAGAGAACAAGUUCGUAGACAUGCAAAACACUAUGGCAUACUUUGAGGACUUGAAGUCCCGAGACAAGGAUUUCUACUACAGAUACAAGCUUGAUGAUGAGGACCGUGUGCAGUACUUGUUCUGGGUAGAUAGUGCAGCAAGAAGAGCUUACAAGAACUACAAUGACUGUAUUUCUUUCGAUGCAACUUACAUGACAAACACAUACAAGAUGCCCUUUGCACCAUUCAUUGGUAUAAACAACCAUGGUCAGUCGAUACAACUAGGCUGUGGGUUCCUAAAGAAUGAGCUCAGUGAGAGCUACAUAUGGUUAUUUGAGUCGUUCUUAAUUGCAAUGGAUGGAGUAGCACCAGUUAACAUAAUAACAGACCAGGAUGGUGCAAUGCGUGCUGGAAUUGAAAAGGUGUUUCCAAACACAACGCAUCGUAAUUGCAGGUGGCACAUUGUCGAUAAAGCAACAGAAGAAAUUGGUCCAUUUGUUGCAAAGAUACUAGGGCUUCGGGAAGAGAUGAAUGACUGCAUAAACUGCAGCUUGACACCGCAGGAGUUUGAAACAAGAUGGAACUUAAUGAUUCAAAAAUACAAUGUGCAAAACCAUGAGAAGAUAGCAGCUUUGUACCAAAAAAGAAGUUCAUGGGUUCCUGCCUACUUCAUGCACAAGUUCUAUCCGUUCUUACAAACAACUCAGCGGAGUGAGGGUUUCAAUGCGGUGCUAAAAAAAUACAUAAGUCCUUCAAAUUCUGUGCUUGAGUUUGUUCUUCAGUAUGCUGAUAUCCAAGCUAAGAUAAUGAAAGCAGAGAAGAAACAAGAGGCAGAUUCAUCACUUUUGACAGCUAGGAGCUGGUCUUGGCACCCAAUAGAGAAACAAAUGGAAAAGCUCUACACAAAAAACAUACACACCCGCUUUCAGUACGAAAUGUCGUACACCAUGUCUUACAACAUAAGGCAGGUAGCUGAGAAUGCAUAUGAAGUGUACUGCAUAACACACUUUGUACCAAGUUACCACAACAGCACAUAUCAGGUUUAUGCAGACCCCCCCAAUGAAACUUACAGAUGCACAUGCUGCAAAUUUGAAAGAGAUGGCAUCGUCUGCUGUCACAUCCUAAAGGCCAUGGUUCAACUAGGUGUUUGUCAGAUGCCGAUGGCAUAUGUGUUGCGCAGGUGGACAUGGAGCGCUGAAGAAAACCUAGUGGAAGAAUUACCGGGACAACUGGCUGUUAUGCCAGAGGAAUCUAAGAAGAAGAUGUGGCUAGCAGUAACAUGCAAUGAAUUCAAAGGCCUAGCGCUUUGCGGGAAUGAAACCGAAGAUGGCAGGAAGAUAAUUCGGAACCACAUGAAAUCAAUGAAGAAAGACUUGGCUUCACUGAAAAGAGAAACAGAAAAAAGAGCAAAGAAGGCAUCUGCUUCAAGCGAUGCAAGGAAAGCAACGCAAUCUGCUCCAGCCCAAACAACACACAAAGAUUGUCAUACACAACAGGUACCUCCAGAAGAAGGUACCUCUUGUCCGAAACCACGACAAACUAACCGUCAAAAGAAACCUACAGGACCAUCGUCAAGCACAAAUCCAGCGGUGCAAACAGAAGGUUCACAUCCCACUGCAGCUGAACAAACUUCAGAAACUACCGAAGCUAGUAAUAUCCGUGAUCCUCGCGUAUCAAAUACUAAAGGAAGAAAGCGGAAGCAAGCAUAUCAGAAACCACUGGACAUAGGGAGAAAAGAAGUACGCUUCUGCAAACAAUGUGGCUCUACUCAACAUGAUUUGAGAAUGUGCCCCCAGAGAGGAGAACUUCCAGUCCAGAACUAAAAAACUGGAUCCUUGUAUUCGUUGCUACUGUACUUCAUUUAUUA